AUGGAAGAUGUGUUGUCGGCCCCCAUCUCGAACGGGAAUGUGCCAAGCCGGCGACAGUCACAUCAAGUGCCAAGAUUGCCCUUGUUGAGAUUUUGCAAGCAUCUUGCAAGGGAGGAGGGUCCGAUUCCAGUGCGACGUUGCAAUGGGCCAUGGGCGUGGCAGCCAUUAUGUGGGGAGAUGAAGAAGUCGGUCUCGGAGUCGGUUGGGGCUUGGCACACAUACCAAUGGCCUGUUUGGGCCCUCUUUGCACCUUUUGCAUCAACUUGCUCCCCCCCCCCCCCGGUUUCCGCUCGUGGAGUCGAGGGUGACGUGACUGCCAAGAUUUCAACUUUCAAGCCCGUUCUGGAACUACUUGGCUUCCAUGCGAGGGCCACCCCGGAAGCCAGACAGACCGGACAGGGCAGGGGAUGUGCCAAAAGGCUUGUUCCGGUGGAUGAGAUGAAUAUUACAAAGAAGUUGGGGAGGCCGAAGAGGGGGCCCGACAGCCCUAUCCGAGUGAUUCAUGAUCCUCUGACUCUUGCCUCGCUUGUCGACAUGGUUCCACCUGGAUCCGUGGAACGAGCGGAAGCCACGAAGAUGGAAGAGACGAGGAGGGAAGCAAGCGUGAACCAGAGAAUGAUGAUGAUGAUCUUGCCAGUCUAG